CAAUAGGGGAGGAGUAGUUAUUGUCAUGAUUUUGCAGCAGAACCAUUAACUAGCGUUGAUUCGACUGUAUGCUUGUAGGAAUAUAGGGUGCAAGGAUACAAUUCCUUUUAGGGAUGACACUCACUUAAAAUAGCACCGAGGGUCGACGAUGUGUUUCAGUUGAGAUCAAGAGUUUGAAGUGAAAGCAUCGAUUUUUUAAGUGUUUCCUUCGUUCAACAUAUUUUUUUCUUAGUUUUUUAUUUAGUUACAUUUUAUUUAAAUUUAUAAAAAAAGAAUCAUGUCUAUAGUUAAAGUUGAACCACCACAAACUUAUUCGCGAUUAUUUCGGCCGUGGGAUGUGAAAAGUGCAAAGGAUACCAAUAGUCCAGACCUAAGUCUGCAUUCAGUGAAUAGUGCAAAAUUUAUACCGGAUAAUUUAAGAACUGAUGAUGUCACUGUGAAUCGGAUGCUGCUUGAUAAAAGUUUAAGUCCCGAUUAUUUACCAUUCGACUAUGUACCUGCUGGACUGAAUUGUUAUGGAUACGAAAAUGCGUACGGACCGUUAUUAGGGGUUCCAUCGCCGCCGGAUUUUUGCUACCCCGGAACAAUGCCUGUACCGGUGUUAGGUAUGGAUGGAGCAGGCAUAACCAAGGCUAUGGAACAAGAGUACCUGAGAGUUCUCACUGAAGACGCUCAAACUAAAGCUGCCAAUUCUCGGAAACAGCGACCCAAGAAAUUCAAGUGCACUCAUUGUAACGUGGCUUUUUCCAACAAUGGUCAACUCAAGGGUCAUAUUCGAAUCCAUACAGGCGAAAGACCAUUCAAAUGUGAUCUUGAUACAUGUGGAAAGACGUUUACCAGAAAUGAAGAAUUGACGCGCCAUAAAAGAAUCCAUACAGGACUGCGCCCAUUCGGCUGUACCGCGUGCGGAAAAAAGUUCGGAAGGAGAGAUCAUCUAAAGAAACAUAUGAAGACACAUAUGCCUCAGGAAAGACCAUUAUCAUCUGCGAUAUUUAUACCGAUGUAUCCUUACUUAUAUGGAUAUUAAUUCGUGGCCUUCGUGUAUCUAACUUUAGUAUUUUU